CCCUCUCCGCACACACAUUCCCUGGCUGUUUGGCCACUGUUAUCCGCCCAGAGCCAGGGCUCCAGAGCCGCCGGCAGGGGCGAUGAAGAAGAUUUUCACCUUGGCGGGUAGGAGGAGCCGGCGGCUCUUGGGCUUCUCCGUUGACACCUCUGAGGAUUCCGGGAAUCAAUCGCGGCUGGUCUAUCGUCCGCGCCACAGGGUCCUGGAGAAGAUUUGGCUGGGAGAAAAUGACAGGGACCAGAAGAGACUUGCCAUCAAACUUCAUCUUGGUGAUCCAUUGUCUAAAUCAGAAGAAAAAGACUAUGAUUUUGAUGCCAAGCAUAUUUCUAAAUGUCCUCUUCAGAAAUAUGUUGGCAAAUAUGGGCCUGCUGAUCAAAGAAGGAAAGAUAUAAAUGAACAACUACAAGACUCUUACAAGAAAACAAAGCCAAAUAGGCAAAUGAUCAAGAAGCUACUAUGUGACAAUUGGAGUAAAAACAAUGAUAAACACAUAGAACCUGAAUUAGAAAAAAAUAGCUUUUCUCUACCACACAAUGACUUACAAAUUACAGUCUGGGAAAAGCAAGAAAUUCUUAAAGGAAAUCAAAAUAUCCAGCCACAGACUUUAAUGUCAAAGUUAAAAAUUUCAUCUGCUUGGAAUGUAACUGGCUUGAGCAUCUACAUUCAGGGAGAGAAUUCGUUUGAACAAGAAAGAAAGACACACAAAAGUAAUGAAAUGGGAACAUCAGAAAACCUCCCAUAUGAUGAUGAUCAUGGUGGUGGUGGUACAUUAACUCAACAGAGAGAGAGUGGAAAAACUGAUCAUCAGCAAUUUCCUACUAAAGAGGAUGAAGAACAUAAUGGGGAGCAGUUAAGAAGGAAAGAAGAACAAUGUAGUAAGGAAGUGACAGUGAAACAACUUGAACUGACCCUAAGAACACUAAAAAUGGAAUUGGAGGCUGUAAGAAAUAAUUUUAAUCAGGUUGAAGAAGAGCAAAACAACACCCAGAGACAUCUUUCUGCAAAAGAGAAGGCCAUAGUAUUCAAAGACGAAAUUCUGAUCAUUCACCUUGGCAAGCAAAAAGGGACAGAAAUGACUAAAAUGAAAAUGAAUGAUGAGGAACAAGCAUCAUCCAAAGAAAAAAUUCAGCAGUUAAAAGAGACUAAUAAUGCUUCAAUAAUGAAUCAAAAGGAACUCAGAAUUAAAGAACUGGAGUAUGAACUCUCCAAAAUGAAAGCUGUUCAAGAAGAUUCUAUGAUAAGAGAACUGGAAAAAUAUAAGCAACUGUAUCUAGAAGAAGUACAAGUUAGAAAAACAUUAUAUAAUAAGCUAAAUGAGACUAAUGUCACAUUAGCAGAGGUCAGAACCAAACUUCUUCUGGAGAAGCAGCGGAACAGAGCUUUACUCAACACUCUUACUGUGAGACCCAUCCCAGAGUCAACUUGUGUUGGAAAUUUUAAUAAUAGCUCAGUGUUGAAUAGAAAUCUUACUCCAAAAGAAAACUUAAUGAUACCAACUUCAAGACAGCAGUCUUCAUAUAACAGCAUGGUGGACUAUUUGUUCAUGAUGCUGGAGGAGAUGCAAACCGAUAUAAGUAGAGACCUAGAUGAGAUAUUGCUGAACUUGGAUCUGGAUCUUACGGAACCUUUAUCUAAUGUCAAAUAAGUCAAAUCUAAAUCAAGAUCGAGUUUUGAAAGAAUUAAUGUUUACACACUUGAAAGAAAUAUUAUAUAUUCUGUGAGAUAAUAAAAUUUUCUUGGGACCUGUUCAUAUAA